AGUAUUGUUUUGCUCGCCGAUUUAAUUACUUUAUUAAAAUAAUGCAUUUUUUGGUUGUGCUUCUAUGUCUAGUUAUAACCGUUGUUGAAGGAGCGAAUUUACCCUCCUUCAUAAAAGUGUGUAAGCCGAAAGAAGUGGACGUGUCGGAAUGUAUAAAAGAAAACGUGGAAAUUCUGAGGCCGAAAUUCCGCCAAGGAAUCCCCGAGCUGCAAAUCCCCGCGUUUCGGCCACUGCGAAUUCCCUCUGCAGACGUGAAAUUCGGGGAAAACUUCAAAGCCAGCCUGAAGAACAUCCAAUUGCGGGUGCCGAAAAGCUUCGAAAUGAAAAACUUCAAAGUCGAUUUGGACCAUUUCCGCUUGCAGUUCACCAUCAGGUUUCCCGAAAUACGAUCGCAGGCCGACUACAGGCUCAAUGGAAAAUUGCUCAUACUGAAUUUGGAUGGCACAGGGUUCGGUCGAAUCGAUUUAUUUAAUCUCGAGGCGACCAUAAUUGCGAAUGGUACAAUAGAAAAGAAAAACGGAACGGAUUACAUUGUGCCGGAUAAAAUAGAUAUCCAGCCCAAACUCGAAAAGAUGCUCAUAGAUUUGGACAAUCUUUUCCCGAAUAACAAGGAAUUAAGUGUUGAAGCUAACAAAAUACUCAAUGAAAAUCAGAUCGUUCUUUUUGAGGAAUUCAGCCCGCUUAUAACUAACAUAGUAAAAGGGGUAAUAUCGAAUUACAUUAACAACUUUUUCAAGAGAUUUAGUUAUCAAACUUUAUUCCCGGAUAAAUAG